UUAAGAAGUCAGUCAAGCGCUAUUUAGCUAGGUCGAGGAGAGGAAAUCUAGGGUUUGAAAGCAGUGUGUCCGCCAUGCAAACACAGCAGCAGCACAUGCACAUGGAUGAGAUCCCAGUUGAUCUCAUCAUCGAAAUACUCUCGAGAUUGCCGACUAAAACUAUCGCGAGAUGUCGUUGGGUAUCGAAGUUGUGGGCUUCAAUAAUCUGCCGUACAGAUUUCUCGGAGUUGUUCAUGACAAGGUCUCAGGCCCGUCCGCAAAUCUUGUUCACUUUCCGAAAAAGCGAUUUCUCCUUCUUUUUGACACCUCAGGCUCAAAAUAAAUCGUCUCUUGUAGCCAAGAAUCAUAUGAAACUCCCGACUGAUGAUUCCUCUCAAAUUUGUGGUCCUGUACGCGGUUUCGUCUGUCUUACAAAUUAUUCAAGUGGAAUUAAGGAAACAGUGUCUACGGUAUGUAACCUUAGCACAGGACAAGCCAUUCAUUUACCCAAUGCGAAGACAAACGGUAAUUUCGUGAAGAGUUAUCUUGGGUUUGAUCCCAUUGAUAAGCAGUUCAAAGUAUUGUUAAUCAACAACGCCACGCAAGGAGUUUCUGAUGAGCAUCAAGUUCUGACAUUAGGGACUCCAAAUCUUUCAUGGAGAAAUAUUAAAUCUUGUUGCAUUUCCUAUUGCUAUCCUCAUUAUUAUAAUGAUGGGAUAUGCAUCAAUGGUGGUUUAUAUUAUGUAGCUGCGGUCAGUAAGGGUCCAUCUAUUAGUGCCAUAGUUUGUUUUGAUGUUAAGUCCGAGAAGUUGAGAAUUGUUAACAAAGCUGAGGGAAUGGAACUGCGGAGUGACUCAACUCUUGUGAAUAACAAGGGUAAAUUAGGUGUUUUUGAGGGAGGCUGGGUGGGUGGAGUAUUUACAGGAGAAACUACGAGUUUUGAGUUGUGGGUUUUAGUAGACGCUGAGAAACAUGAAUGGUCGAAGCAUUUAUAUGUAUUGCCUCCUCUGUGGAAGAAUGUAGUUGCCAAGUCGGACUUAUACUUUGUUGGGGUGACUGGUAAAGAUGAAAUUGUGUUUUCGAAGCUCUAUAUAUCCGAUUCUUUCUAUGUCUACUAUUACAACAUCGAGGACAACACUGUCACAAGAGUUGAAAUUCAAGGAAUGAGUGCGUUUAAGAAUUUUAAUUUUCACGUCUCUUUAGACCAUGUAGAGGACGUGAAGCUUAUGCAACAUGUAUAAGUAUUUAUUUAUUGAGGUAAAGACCACACUGAGAUUACAAUAGGGGAGAAGAGUUCAAGCAAAUCCAUCGGAGCUGUUUAAUCUUUAUGUCCCGGCCAAGUGUUAUUUUUUGUUUUUGUUUUGUUUAUGUGCUACAUUAGAUAAAUGAAAGUUAAAUAAAUUUAGUG